AUGUCGCUCAAUCACCCCUUUGACCCUUUGACUCCAAAAGAGAUCGCAAAGGCCGCUGCUAUUGUACGCCGUUCAUUUCCAGGACAAACCCCCAACUUCCGGGUUAUUACUCUGAAGGAACCUGCGAAGCUUGAGAUGGUUUCAUUCCUAGAGCACGAGCAUCGCGGGGAAAAUGGAAUCAAAAGACCUGCUAGAAUCGCUCGUGUCCAGGCAGUUUUCCCUGGUGACACUGAGAACAAGUUCAUUGAACUCUGGGUCGAUAUAGGCCAAGCUGUUAUCCUUCAAAAACAACAUCUUGUUGGAAAGCACCCUUACAUUGAUUCUGACUAUAUGCAAGCGGUUGAGAAGGCUUGCAUGGCAGACCCAGGAGUCCAGGAACACAUCGCUCACCUUGAACUACCUGCCGGUGCGUCAGUUAUCGUCGAGGCAUGGGCGUAUGCUACAGACGGUCUCAAUGACAUGUCACAGCGAAAUACCAUGUGCUGGUUCUACAUGCGUUUAGUGGACAACGCCGACGCCAACUACUACGCAUAUCCACUGGAUCUGUGCGCGGAGGUGUCGGAAAAAUUGAAAGUCACCAGGAUCUAUCAACUGCCUUCUGGGCCUGGCGAACGUAUCCACAACAAGCCAAAGCCAUUCGACCGCCGUAAAAUUCAUGGAGCGGAGACUGAAUACAGCCCUGGCUUAAGGCCUUCUCCCCGAUUAACGACGAAGCCGUACCAAGUGGUACAACCUGAAGGACCCUCUUUCAAGACACAAGGGAACUUUUUGGAGUGGGAAAAAUGGUCUAUGCACAUCGGGUUUAACUACCGAGAAGGCCUCACUCUUCAUGACGUUCGCUAUGAUAACCGGAGUCUCUUCUACCGAUUGUCCCUUGCAGAGAUGUUCGUGCCAUAUGGUGACCCCCGGGCUCCAUACCCACGCAAAGCCGCAUUUGACCUCGGUAACGACGGAGCGGGGAUCAACGCCAACAACCUACGUCUAGGCUGCGACUGCCUAGGUCAUAUUAAGUACUUUGAUGGCUGGCAUACUACUACUUCAGGAGAUCCGGUCAAGCUUCCUAACGUGAUCUGCUGCCAUGAACAAGAUGACGGGAUCUUGUGGAAGCACACAAACUUCCGAACCCAAAACGCAGUUGUGACGCGCUCGAGAAUUCUUGUUCUGCAAACGAUCAUCACUGUCAGCAACUACGAAUAUAUCUUCGCUUUCCAAUUCGGCCAGGACGCAUCGAUUCAUUAUGAAGUUCGCGCCACCGGUAUCCUGUCAACCUGUCCAAUCGAUAUUGGUGAUAAGGUACCCUAUGGUACUGUUGUCGCGCCGGGCGUCUUGGCACCUUACCACCAACAUUUAUUCUCUCUUCGCAUGGAUCCAGCAAUCGAUGGCCACAGCAACUCCUUACAGGUGGAGGAAUCACAUGCUAUGCCUGUCGACACUCCCACGUUUGACCAUGCGGGAAAAUCGCAAGCUCAGGUCGACUCCUACGACAACCCCUUUGGUGUCGGAUACGUUACCCGCUCUUCCAUCAUUGACAAAGAGGGGGGCUUUGACCUAGAUUUCACCAAGAACCGCACAUUUAAAAUCAUCAACGAGAACGUCAUCAACCCAGUGACCGGCACUCCUGUUGGCUUCAAGCUACUUCCUGCUUACAGUCAAAUGCUGUUAGCGCACCCAGACUCGUACCACGCGAAGCGCUCUGAGUUUGGAAAACAUGCUGUCUGGGUUACACGUUAUGACGAUGAAGAGCACUUCCCCUCUGGCCGCCAUACAAUGCAGUCCACUGGUGGUGAUGGCAUCGCUACCGUUAUUGAAAGGCGUGCUGGAACUGAGAAAUCCUCGACUCGAAACAAGGAUAUUGUUAUCUGGCAUACUUUCGGCUCUACGCAUAACCCAAGAAUUGAAGACUGGCCUGUCAUGCCAUCAGAGAAAAUGGUUGUCGGCCUCAAGCCCGCAAACUUUUUCACCGGAAACCCUGGUCUGGAUGUUGCUGUUUCCACCCAGGAGAGAAAUCGGAGUGUGUUGGUUGAUGGGGGCAAUGACAUCAACUCCAAGUCUGGAUGUUGCAGACUGUAA